AUGACCUUGAACCUUCCAUUGGCCAUGACACUGAUUCUUCAUCUGAUGGCUUAUGCAGUUCAAUCAGUAACAUGUAAAAAUAACCUCCCGGCUAAUGAAAAUAACAAUAAUGAAACUAAUUUGGCCACUAUGAAUGUUAGCAAUAGCAUUAGCAGCGAUAAUUACCUCAAUUACAUUGGGAAUAAAAGCUGUGGUCAAAAUGAAGUCUAUGUUAAAAGCUACAACAACAACAAACAUAACGUCAACAAUGACGUCAACAACGACGUAAAUAACAACGACAUCAAUAUCAGCAGCAGCAGCAACAACAACAACAACAACAUCAGCAACAUCAACAACAUCAUCAACAACAACAUUAACAACAACGUUAGAAGAGAUACAGACAGCUUAGAAAAACCAAUAAUGCUUCGACUCGUUAAUUCAGAUAGUAAAAAUUUGAAAUCAUAUGGCUAUUUGGAAAUUUUCAAAGCUUAUAAAAAGGAAUGGUACAGCAUUUGCGGUAUAAACUGGACCGACGUAAACACGAAACUCGCCUGUCAGAGUCUCGGCUUCAAUGGCGGUAUGAUAGUCGGUAACAUGAUCCGGUUUACCGGAUAUCGAAACAAAUAUACCGACGAUGUCUCGAUCGUCUGCGAGCCUACUGAUAAAUCAUUCGAAGAUUGCUAUACAAGAAUGUUACCGAACAAAAACUACAAUGAGAAAACACUUCAGCCAGUGUACCUACAUUGUUUUCCUGUCAACUUCGGAAGGGGAUGGUUACGAUUGGGAGACGUCAUAGAUGACAACCACCCCGAUUUCAAUUGGUCAGGCGGUUCCCAGAAUGACUACGAUCGUGACGUCAUUUUUAAAAUCGCCUACGCGCAGUUGAAUGAUUCCAUGGUUAACAAUGCAACGAUGAAGAUUAGUGCUAAUGAUUGGGAUGCAACAAAAAGCGACGUGCUCUGCCGACAGAACCAUCAUUUACUCGGUGUCUUCAAGGUCUACAAAUUGAAAAUCGGAACUGAACUUAUGGCUGAAUUCAGUUGCGAUUUUAUAUUCAAACUCGGCCGAGUACCGAAAGAUUUAUUCAGAUGUAAAGUUUCGUAUCGGUAUACCGAUUCAUUCGUGGCUAUUUCAUGCUACAACGAUUACAAGCACCAAGUUGACCACGCCGGUAGGGACGUACUCAUUCAACAGACGAAUACCGAUUUUAUGAACAUCACCAUGAUGUUUAGAAAACCGAUAUCGAGAAUUUUGUUGAACAGAAUGGACAAUAUAAAUUCGGAUUGCGAAAGAAUGGCAAUCGUAGGAAGUGUACCGAAUCGCCUCAAAUGUGUCCUCAAGCUGAGAAGGAAGCUGAAACAGAAAAAUAUAAAUGAUACCAGGCCACCAAAAAAUAUUUUAAAUCGUGACUCCGUGGAUGAGUUUGAUGACAAAGCGAAUGUUGUUGACAAUGAGAACAAGGAAUAA